CUGGCCACCGCCCCGAGGUCAAACCGGAGGCACACCGGCCAGAACAAAGUCCAGUCCGCUGCCCAGGGACAAAUUGAAGAAGUCGCUACGCCGCCAAGGGACCGCUGCGCGCCCUCGAAGGAUCCCCUUACGACGAUCCUACGUUGAGAUAUCGCGCGAGCUUGCAAGCUCGGUCCCGAUUGGUCGGCGCGCCCCUACGGAAGGGGGUGCCACAUCGAUUCCGCAAUCGAGCGGAUCUAGCGAGACACUCUCUAGUCGUCCGUCGGCAAGUACGAACACGAUUCAUAAGUUUCCUUAAGAUUCGCGAUAGCCGUCCCGAGUCGGGUAUUCGUUUCGUCCUGCGACGACUGUUGGCACAAGGUGACGGCGAGGAUCCCGAAAAGACCGAAGAGAAGGCAUCGCAUCGGUGAGGUUGCCCGCAAGUAGAGUCCUAUAUAAAGAGAGAAGCGACAUUGAACCCCCACUACAGACUUCGCAUCCCCACCAUCACCUCCAGCACCGCCAUAUUGGGACUGCUCCAUGUCAUCAAACAUCAAACUCCAUUUAAUAUAUAUAAACAUACUCCGUCAGCGUGAGGUUAAAAUGUUCGAUACACAUGUUUAAUACAUGUUGCAGUUUUAUUCUCUUCAUGUUUUUUAUUGAAUAAAUGUGGUGAUUGAGUGAUAAUUGAUGGUGAAAAUUGAAAAUGUCAUGCAAAGAGGAAGUGAGCGCUUCCCAAAUAUACAAUGAUGACGAAUGGAAGCAUUACAUUGAUCAGUACACAAUUGAUGAGACUUCAGAAAUUUCUAUAAAUCAAUCUAAUUCCGAAACUCCUUGUGAUACUGCAAGUAAUAAAUUGCUCAUCGAUCAACUAAAAGCUCAAAAUGAUGAAGCCUCACAAAAAAUCAUCCAUCUGGAACGUGAGCAUGAUGCAAACCUAAAUAAACUGAUGGUGAUGCUUUCUGCUAUUGAACAAAUGGAGAGUAAGAUGUAUUGUACGAAGCGACUAUUCAUGAAAGUUACAAGUUCAAGCGGACGACGAUGGAAAAAGUAUUAUGCCAGAGUACAAAAGAAGAAAAAUUUGUGAUUUUAAAUGAAAAUCGAGAUUUUUAUUGCUAAUAUUGCAUCAUAUACAAGAAGUUUUAUACAGUAUUUUUAACAUUCUUAAGUUUUAUAUCAAGUAGAAUCACAAUUGAGAAUCACAAUUAUAAAUUUGUAAAAAAUAUGUAUAUCGCAUACACGAUAUUUAUCGCGAUAUCUAUCAAUAUCUAUCUAUUAAUCGCGUACAU